ACACGUGUGUAUGCCCUGCUUUAUAGAAAUUGUGAUUUUCGUUAAAGCAGGGCACACACAUACAUAAUGUUUAUCAUCUUCCCUUAGGAUAUUUUUGUGGUUAUUUUCAUUCAUUACUUACAUUAUGCAAUGGAUACAUUAAACUCAUAAUUUCAAAGAAACUAUCAAUAUGCUCAUCAAAAUCAUAUAGUUUUUUGAAUGAAAACUCUGUCAUACUAAUACAGAUACACAUGAGUGAUUGAAGGUGGGAAGGUGAGGUGAGGGCGAGGGCGUGUGAGGGCAUGAGGGGCGGAGGGGGGGGCGCGUGUGCGAAUGAAGGAUUAAGCAGUGUGUGGAGGAGGGUUGCAGGGGGGCGCAGCCCUCCCGCUCACACAUAUACUAUUCUCAUUUCGCUAACUUUAUUUCAAAUUCAAAAUCAUCGGAAGUGGGUCUCCUUAACGCCAUGUUCACCAUCGAUAAUUCUCGAAAUCUGUAAAUAGUUCUUGUUGAAACUUGUGCAAUAUUUUUUUAUGCAUUUAAAGUUUUUAUUAUUAUCGCGGCCUACGUGCCGUUCCUAAUUUUCUUCUCGGCGCCGUCCUAUGCCGGGAACUUCAUAUUACUAUAACAUGUAAGUCCAACGAAGUCCCAGAUCUUCUGAAGUAUUCGGUGUCACCCGCUCCGGUUGAUCUCACGAUCAAUCAUGUUGAUCACCAAGCUAAUCAUUCACACCCGGUUAACAUCAACACCAACCAUUCGCUGCAACUAUCGAUAUCCUCUACGGAUAUGUCUAUAACGCAAAAUUCGUGGAGUCCGCCUACCAGAAAAGGGUAUAUGUGCCCCGGUUGCGGCAAAGGUCUGUCCCACAAAUACACUCUGGAUCGCCAUCUCAAGACCGUCUGUGGCAAGGUGCGCAAUACCAACGGCAAGUGGAAGUGUAAGGACUGCAACAGGACGUACGAAUCUCAGGGAAGCCUAUCGCGUCAUUACAGAUACGAAUGCCAUGUGAAUCCCCAGUUUCGCUGCGUCUUCUGCAAGAGAUUGUUCACCCAAAAAUGCAGCCUGAGCAGGCAUCUGAAGAAAAAGCACCAGAAAGAUGUAAACGUCUAUGUUGAACUCGGUUCUUAUCCAAGUAGAUCAACAACAUCUGCUUCGGAAUAAACAACAAUCCCUGCGAAGCGCGAUUGCGCGAAAAGGUGGUGUGGCGCUGCUACGUUUAUUCUUGCCAAGAAAUCCGCAUGUCGACCGAGAGAGUGUAAGACGACGAGGUGUAAUCAAAGACACAAGCAUAAGCAUCAGUGGUUACUGUCGCUUUGGAAAGUCUUUUUUCUAUAAAAAA